AAAACCCAGAAAUCGUCGCCCAGGGAGAAAGCGAAACGCCGCCGAAAAUCCGAGCCGGCUGGUCGUCCGCCGCCGCCCGCCGCCCUCUUCCCUCGCCGCCCGCAGCGCCGCCCGCAACACCAGCAGCCCAAGCUGCGGGCACAUGCUCCGCCGUUCUCGCGCCCAACAGCUCUCCCCUGUGGCCGCCGGCGGGCUACCAUGAGGUUCAACUUCAGCUUCGCCGACUCGACUCCGGAGCCGCAACCCCGAUCCCUGACUCCGAAGGAGGAAGCCCGGUGGCUCCCCCUCCAGACCCACCCGGUCUUCUCCCCCUCCGCCGCCGCCGACCCCUCCGCCCCGACCGAUCCUCCGGCGCCCCGGAACCUCCUGGCUUGGGACGGGUCCUCGCGGCUCUACUUCUGGGACAAUGAGCAGCGGUGCCUCCAUCGGAUAUCCGUUCGGCUUGGAGAACCGGAACCCACUUCUGUUCUCGCCGCUUCUCCCUCUAAGGUAUUACGAGCAGAUUUGGAGAUCAACUUUGCGGUGGAUAAAAUCUCCAUCAACAGGAACGGAUCAGCAUUGCUUCUUGAAGGUUCAGAUGCCCUAUGUGUUAUGUACCUUUAUGGGCGUAGUUCUGCUGCUGACGACAUUAUUUGCAGAACUGUUUUAGUUGGUUCUGAAAUUUAUUUAAAUGGAAGCAAUGCCUUGAGAGUUCUACGAGCUUCAUGGCACCCAUACAGCGACACCCAUCUAGGAGUCCUUUCUUCAGAUUCAGUUUUCAGACUGUUUGAUUUGUCUGCCAAUGCCAUGCAACCAGAGCAAGAAUUUUACCUGCAGCCCGUGGAACCUGGUCAAUCAAGAAAAGCUGCAUCAAUUUGCGCUGUCGAUUUCUAUUUUGGAGGUGAUCACUUGUGGGACAGAUUCAGCGUUUUUGUUCUGUUUACUGAUGGUUCAGUUUACAUCCUUUGUCCGAUAGUCCCAUUCAAAAGUGCUCACAAAUGGCAAUCUAUACUGGAGAUAUAUGGUGAUGCUCAUACAUAUGGUCUAAAAUCAACAAAUCCAACUGCUGCUCGCAACUCUAGCAUGGCAAUAUCUUGGUUGGAAGCUACAUUUCCUGAAUUAGCUCAGCAAGAGGCAGAAGGGGGAAAUCCAGCUACUGUAAAGGCACAUCCUUAUGCAUUGUUUGAUGCAUCUCUUUCUUUACAGGGGCCUCUACUUAAAGCCUGUCAUGGAAGGGAAGAUGAUCUGGCAGUUAGGGGUGCAGAGUGCGAAGGCUGUGCAGUCAAUUUUCUCUAUAAUUUAGUUAGCAAAGAUUCAAUACUUGUGACAGCUUGGAGUGGCGGUCAACUGCAAGUGGAUGCCCUAGCUGAUGAAAUUCAGCCAGUUUGGAACAUAGGCAGUCCACCUCGUCUGCGGGUUGACUCCUUCGACCGGAUACAGGGUCUUGCUAUGAUUUGCGAGUCAACCUCUGAGGAACCUUCCAAGUGGAAUAUUAACAAACCAUUAGAACACACGAUUUGGUUAGGGCAGCCUCCUCCUCUGCUAAGAUUGGCAAUUGUGGAUUUGGCUUUGCCUCAACAGACCAACAGUGACGCACGAAUUAUGAUGUUCACUGAUCCCCUAGUGCCAGAAAGGAUCUAUGCUCUUCAUACUGGAGGAAUUGAUUCAAUAGUAUUGCAUUUUCUCCCCUUUACGAGUCAAGCGAAUGGCAAGGAGGAAGUUGUUAGAACACCCUCCAUAAAUCCUGUUUUGAGCACCUGCCUGGAGGAAACAUCCUCACCAGCUCCUCUUUGUGGUUCUCUCUCAUUAUCUGAUUCAUUUGGUUAUUCAUGGAUUGUUGGAGUUACUUCCAGUCGUGAUUGUAUUGUCCUAGAGAUGAAGACUUGGGAUGUCUUGCUUCCUGUUAGUGAUGAUACAGAGAAGAAAGAUAUAAGCCUGGAAAAGUCAAAGGAGAUGGAAACUCCUGCUAUGCUUAGCAAAGAACUUAUAAGUGGUCCUAAAGUGGUUCUUGUUCCACAGACACCAUCGAAUCUGCGAUCUGUUGCUGCUGAUUCUAUUGAAGGCCGGUCAAUCCUUCAUCAGUACUUUAAGAUUUUCCAUGAGAAUUAUGUGGAAUAUGCACAUAAGGUUUACUUUGAGCUUAAGCAUCAUGCCCCUCAGCUAAAGCGAAUAAUUGAUGACCAGCAUGCUCGUUUAGUCGAGGCACAGGAGCGGCUUUUGAAAGUUGAGAGAAAGCAGACAGAGUUAGAUGAAAGGAUGGAUCAUGCCAUCCAGCAGCAUGAGAUUCUGGAUGAACGUUUAAAAUGUUUGAGGAAGCUACCUGUAGCUCACAAGAAACCACUUUCUAGAGCAGAGCGAGACUUCAAGUGCGAGCUUGAUCAUUUUGCGGGAGUGGAGUUGGAUGCUUUGCAUUCAUCUAUAGAUUCUAUAUCUGCCAGGCUACGAAGGUACACUCAAUUGACAAAGAAAGAGCAGACACCGAGGAAGAAGUCAAUUGUUCAAGACAACCAGAUCUCUCAAUUAAAAUCCUCCCUCGAGAAACUUUCCCUCGUCAACAGUGACAACUUGAAAAAGGCCAAACUCGUCGAAAAAGCAAUAAGCAGCAAGGAGAAGCAGUAGCGCGUGUUCUCUGCUAGAAUCACUCAGAAGCGUCUCAGCGACCAACAUGACAAUUCAAAAUCUCAAAGGGAGAUGCCUUUCAUUUUGCUCUGGAGGUGUCUUCGUGGUCUAUGCCGCAGGCCACUAGUAUUUGUCCCGGCUUUUGUACUUAUACCACAUUCUCUGCAAGAUGGCUGGCUUUUUUAUUUGGUCUUCAUUUCGUGUAAUGAUCUUGCAGGCUUCUAUUAGGGGCUUCUCUUGUGUUACAUACAAUUAUUAUUCUGUAGAAUACAAGCAACGUA